UGGCUUCAUGUUCUGAUCAGCGACGUACGUACAUGGUCUUUCUUUCCCGAGGACUGUCAUUCUUCAUGGAGUGACACUCAAGCCAGUCUCCAGCAACCCGUGAAUGCCCGAUCAUCGUCAUUGUCCUACUAGUUCAUGAGGGACUGAGCUGGAAGUGCAAGCAGUGAUCCCUCCUUCCCUCCAUCUAGGCCCCCUCCAAGACUCCAAGGCUUCAAGGCUCUUUCUCGCUGUUGAGGCCUGGAUCGAUCGUCCUGACGCCAGGAUUGUCACCUCUUCUGGAUGAGCUUCCUCAUGGACAACUUCAAUCUGCAACCUCGAGGGUUGGGCGGUGCCGCCUCGCUCAUGACCGAACCCCCGGCCUCCUGCUCAGCCAUGGCCGAGGCCCAUCCACCUUAUUCUUCGGCCUCGUCGCAGUCCCGACACGCCCCCAAUCUGAGCCACCGCCUCAAUCCGCCUCGAGAGGCCAUCAAUCGACUCAUUAUGAACUACUUGGUCACGGAGGGGUUUAAAGAAGCGGCCGAGAAGUUUCAGAAUGAGGCCAACAUUGCGUUGCCGAACGACGUGGGCGACAUGGACAACCGGAUCAAAAUCCGCACUGCCAUCCAGACCGGACAAAUCCGGGAUGCCAUCCUCAUCGUGCACCAACUCUAUCCCGAGCUCCUCGACGAUGAUCGAUAUCUCUUCUUCCAUUUACAGCAACAACAGUUAAUCGAAUUGAUCCGAGAGAGCCGCGUGGAAGAGGCGCUCAAAUUCGCUUCCGAGCAGCUUGCCGAACGCGGCGAAGAGGAUCCGGCGAUUCUCGAAGAACUGGAACGCACCAUGGCCUUACUGGCCUUCGAAAAUCCGGAGCAAUCUCCCUUUGCCAACCUUCUGUCAGCCUCUCACCGACAAAAGGUUGCCAGUGAAUUGAAUGCGGCCCUCCUGAAGGCCGAGAACGCCGAGUAUUCACAGCCCAAACUGGCCGGACUGCUGAAGCUCUUGCUCUGGUCCCAGAAGGAGCUGGUCAAAAAGGGUGUGGAGUACAAACGCGUCUUGGAUUUCGAUCCCUCGGAUCCAAUGGACAUUUCCCUUAUGCCAAAGACUCGAAACUCACAGCCCCAGCCUCCUCCACCCCCGCAACAAUUGGACUACCUAGGCGGACCUUUAAUUGAUCAGUAGCCAAUCAAUGAACAUAGGGAAUAUAACCUCUUCUUUUACGGCUUUUUGUACAUCCAUUCUUGCACUUGACUCAUCAAUAAAAUGCCACCAAUUUCUGUUCAAUCCAAAA